GAAUCCCUAAAGAGUUUGCAGUUGGCAAACAAUUGUAGUGACCUCGAAUGUAAUCCCAAAAAUUAAGCAAAUGGCUGCAUGUGGUUCAUAAGGGUCAGAACGGCCCGCCCACUACUCCAAUUUUUAGGUAUAAAAGCACACAGCAAAAUGUUAUCGUCAUUCGAGUACUUCAGUCGACUUCAGCAAAUUUCUUCAAGACGUAGAUUCCAACUUUAGUCGUACAAAUGGCUUCAUCGAACCGAAUUCUCCAACUACUGUUUAUCUUGGAAAGCAUUCUGCUGGUUACCAUGGGUAGUUGUAAUGGCAUGGUCCUAAAGAAAAAUACGACGGAGAAGUCAACCGACUUCUCAGAAGAUCUCGAACAAAAAUUUAACAAGACGGUAGUAAAGGCAGUGGAAACUAAAACGUUCUUGUUGGACGUAAUGUCUUUUUCAAUCAACAAGACGGCAAAUGUGCUGUUGGUCACUAAGCAGCACUUGAAAGAGGCUAAAGAUACCCUCAAGACCAAAAUGUUGGCGUCUGCCAACAAAACUGCCCAUAAGCUGGAGGAAAUAAAGGACGAAAUGCACAGUCAUAAACGAACCAAAACAACGACCAAGCAGCCCUUUCAAAUCUUGUACGUUACCAGGGAUUACCUUCUGGCACCAGUGAUCCCAAUGGUAAACGAAGCUGCUACGUCUCCCAUGUCAUCCUCUGAGGUCUGGACGAACUUUGUACCAACAGGUAUUUCAAACAAUUUUGCGUAAAACAUGUCCUGGAAAAUCCUUGAAAAUUCUUAUUCUUCGGUAACUGUUCAUAAAUUGUAUCGAUUUUGUAAAAACAUAUUGACAUGUCACCUUUAGCAAUUAAAGUGCAAUUUUAUGAUAUAAAGCUGUGUCGUUUGUUUAUAUGGCCGAAAUUCACGUUUUUCAAACA